AUGGCCAGCGUCAAAAAGUCUCCUCCGUACGACGGCCACUCCUCUGGCUCAGAAAAGAGGCAGAUGACGCCUGGCGCCAAAAAGCGGCCGUCGAGAGCCGGCACUCGCAGCGUUACUACUCUGACCGCCGCCCAGCUGGAACGAAAACGAGCAAAUGACAGAGAAGCACAACGAGCCAUCCGUCAGCGGACGAAAGACCAUAUCGAAGGCCUGGAGCGGCAAGUUCGCGAGCUCACUGCGCAAAUCGACACCAACUCGUCCACCAAGAUGAUGGAGCUCAUCCGGCGAAAUGAGGAGCUGGAACAGGAGAACGCUGUACUUCGUACACGACUAUCGCACGCAGUCGCGGCCCUUGGUGUGCCCGAGAGCGGAGCAGGCGCCCCUUCUCCGAGCGACCGAAUCCAAAUGCUCAGCCAGCCGCGCCGGUCAUCCACUGGCACGGCUAGGAGUGUGCACUCAAUUCCAGAGAUAGCCACCACACCAGGCUCACAGCCCGGGCACUGGCAGCCGCAACACCCGUAUGCUCACAAUGUCCCGUCACCGCACAUUGAGAAUCCUCAGACGAAUUGGAGUCAGCACCCUUCCGCUCACCAGCAGCACCAGCAAGUGUCAAUCUCGGGCCAGGAUCCUUCGCUGCAUGCCGUCGAGUCCGGCAACAUCUCGUACCCUAGCCCAUAUGGCCUUGACAACAACUCCAGAGCCAUGUCCUAUCCUCUCGAAAACGCAUCGCUUGUCACGACGCAGCCGAUGCAGAUGAGCGGCUACGGCACACCCACGUCGAAUCCCUCACCGCAUCCGCAAGAGUACCAGAGACAUAUGAGCCUGCCGAUGAAUCCGCCUCAACAAGGACCUCAUCCUCCGCACCCGCACCAGCACCAGUACUCAGGUCCUGUGCACCAAGGCUACAUGCCUCAAGCGAGUCACCCCGGCGAAAUGCAGAUGAUGGCACCGGCGGCGCACCAACAGCCCCAGAUGAUGAGCGAACAGGGCCAGAUGAUGUAUCAUAUGCCGUCGAAUAUGAAGGUCGAGCAUUGA